AUGGCGCCUUCAGCCGCCAAGCUCAAAGAAGCACUCAUUGACGGAACGUGCGAAAUUUACAAGGCAGAACCCGACGGAACCUCUGUCAAUAAAGUCCGGCGGCUUGUCGAAGAAAAGCUCGGGCUAGAGGAUGGCUUCUUCACUAGCGACACUUGGAAGCAAAAGAGCAAGACAAUAAUCAAGGAGCAAGUAGACAAAUUGCUCGACGCAGAUGGUUCCGAACCAGAGAAUGAACCCGAUACUAAAGCCGGCAUCAAGCGACAGUUAUCUGAGGUCGAGUCACCGCAGCCUAAGCGUCGGAAGAAGGCAUCUGGGCCUGUGAAGAAGAAAGAAGAUUCAGACGUUGAUGAAACUCCCAAAAAGGAAUUGAAGACCAAAGUCAAGAAGCUCGUAUCACGCGGCAAGGCUAAGCUGGACGACUCCGAUGAAGAGGAUGCCAAGUUGAAAGAGAUCCCGUCACCUGCUAGAAAUCGAAAGCGAGACGUAAAAGACGAAUUUAAAGAUGAACCGAAACACAGCACCCCCGAAAAAGGCGAUUCUGCUGCCAUCAAGAAACAAGAAACACCGGGCGAUGAGAAAAAGUCGACAUUAAAAAACCAGCCAGAUUCAGAUGUAGAAGAUGCAAAGACGGAUAUCAAGGAUGAGUCAAAACCAGGAAUCAAUGAAGAGGACGAGUAUUCCGAUGUAAUCGACGAACCACCGCCCACAAAACGCAAAAGGGGCGAAAAGAAAGAGGGCUCAUCAAAACCAAAGGCUUCCAAGCCAGCCAUCAAAAAGGAGGCCACUGCUACAGAUGAUCCCAAAGAUGCAGAGAUCAAGAAGCUACAGUCACACCUCACCAAGUGCGGUGUUCGCAAACUAUGGCACAUGGAACUUAAGCAGUAUGGAGACAAUGCCGGAGCCAAAAUCCGUCAUUUGAAGAAAAUGCUAUCAGACAUUGGCAUGGACGGGCGUUUCUCAGAGGCCAAGGCCCGCGAGAUCAAAGAGAUGCGAGAAUUACAGGCGGAUGUCGAGGCAGCUCAGGAGAUGGACCGCCUCUGGGGCAAAAGCUCCGGCGGCAGGGCCAGCAGAAGCAAGAGCAGCGCAACCAAACAAGAAACUAAAGCAGACAGUGGGGAGGAUAACGAAGAUGAGGGCGAUGACGACGAAGGAGAGCCAACUACUUUUGCUGCGAGGCGGAGGAAAGCCCACGCUGAUCUCGCAUUUCUGGGAGAUGACAGCGAUUCCGAUUAG